CGUCGCCUCGUCCUCCAGUCUGGACUACGAGACCACCAGUAUGUACGUGGUGACCGUACGGGCGAACGACUACAGCGGAGUAACAGACCAGGCCACCGUGACCAUCAUGGUGACAGACGCUGCCGAACCGCCGUCCUUCUCCAACCUGCCCGCCUCCCGGGCCGUACCGGAGGACGUGUCGGUCGGCACGGCGGUCUACACGCUGAGCGCCGCCGACCAGGACGAGCCGGCCCAGACCCUGGCGUACACCAUCGUCAGCCAGACGCCGUCCGACAUGUUUCAGCUGAGCGGCGGCGUGGUGCAGGUGGCAGCGGCGCUGGACUACGAGAGCGAACAGACGUACACGCUAACUCUGAGAGUCGAGGACGACACGUCUGGCACUCCUCUGUCGGCUGAGUCCACGCUGACCGUCAACGUCAACGACGUCAAUGACGAGCUCCCGACGUUCACGGCGUCGACGUACUCCGGCAGCGUCGCCGAGAACCAGGCGUUCGGCACGACGGUGACGUGGGACGUCGCCGUAAGCGUCACAGAUGGGGACGACGGGGACACCAUCUCAUAUUCUCUCUCAGGGACAAACAACGACCACUUCGCCGUUGACAGCAACACGGGCGCCGUGACCACCGCCAGGGUGCUGGAGCGGGACGGAGCGGGCGGUGUGUCGGCCUACACGCUCGUCCUCACCGCCCGGGACGCCGCCGACAACACGGGCACCGCCACGCUCUCUGUCACGGUCAACGACGUGAACGAUAACAGCGCCACUUGCGAUCCUGACGUGUACUACAGUUCAGUGGAGGAAAACACUGCAGCAGGCGCAUCCGUUGCUCUUCUGAGCUGUACCGACCCAGACGAGGGCGCAAACUCUGACCUCACCUAUUCCAUCAUAAGUGGUGACGACACUGCCGCAAAAUUCGAUAUCGACUCGAGCACGGGUCAGAUCACGACAUCGUCCACUGCGGUAGAUUACGACACCGACGCCAUGGAGACGGCCGGUUUUCGGUACGUUCUGCACGUGGGUGUUACGGACCAGGCCGCGGAUGUCUCCGAUAGGCUGACCAGUACUGCAACGGUCGUUGUGGAGGUGACGUCAACAAAUGACAACGUUCCUGCAUUUACGAGUUUCACGUCGUCAGUAGCAGUUGACGAAGACGCUUCCGUCGGCACCACGAUCCUGUCCGAGCUGAGCGCGACAGACGGCGACAAGGGCGCGGACGGGACCGUCAGUUUCUCCAUGGUAGCUGCUACAGAUGACGGUAGUGACAUCUUCCACAUCGACUCUUCAAGCGGUGCCAUUUCCAUCAUGGGCACACUAGACUACGAGACGAUCUCCAGUUACGAACUGACGCUAAAAGCAGAAGACAACGGCGACCCCAGUCUGUCUACCACCGCCACGCUCAUCGUCAACGUCACCGACGUCACCGACAACCCACCGACGUUCGACCGUACCAUCUAUACGGCCACAGUUGAGGAAGGCGCCGCCGGAGGCACCAGUGUCGCCACGCUGGUGGUGUCGGAUGCAGACUCCAGCAGUUCCGUCUCGUACGAGUUCGUCUCCGGUAACGACGCCGACAAGUUCCAGUUCGGGACGACGAACACCAACGACGUGGAAGUAAAGACGACAAUAGAUCUGGACUCUGCCACUCCAGACGAGGGGGAGUACACGCUGGUUGUCCGGGUAACGGAUGGAGGGACCCCGCCCCUCAGUGGCACUGCCACGGUCUACGUCACCGUCACACCGACCAAUCAGCACGACCCUAUCUUCGCCGGUUCGGGUACAACUGCAGUAUCGAUUGAUGAAGAUGUCCCGGUUGGUACGACCGUUGCCACGGUAACAGUAACAGACGACGACUUUGGUACACAAGGAGACGUCAGCUACUCCAUCAUAGACGUCAUGCCUACGUCACUGUCUGGGCACUUCCAUGUCGACUCCUCCAGUGGGGAGGUUCUGAUGGCGUCACAGGUGGACUACGACACCAUGGGGGUUACCAAGACGGUGACGCUAACGGUGCAGGCGUCAGACGGCGGCACAGGCUCGGACCAGCGGAGCGCGAAUACCACAGUGGAAAUCACCGUUAACGACGUGAACGAUAUCCAACCCGUCUGUACUCCGGGUCUCUACAGCGGGACACAGGACGAGGACGCUGCAGACGGGACAGUGAUUGCGUCUUUAAACUGCUCGGAUGUGGACACAUCGACCACGCUAUCUUACAGCAUAACAGCGGGGAAUUCUGGGCCGUCAUUUGCAGUCAGCUCUUCGGGAGUGGUCACCCUCAUCGCUGGACAAACGGUAGACUAUGAGUCCGCUACGACCUCGUACAGUCUGGUCGUACAAGUCAGCGACGGCGUGCAUUCCGUCGAAGCCACCGUCGCCGUCGCCGUUCAACCGAUCAACGAGUACGUCCCGACGUUCUCCCGGGCGUCGUACAGCGUCAGUGUGGCGGAGAACGCAACCGUUGGAACAGCUGUAGUACAGGUGGUAGCUACCGACGCUGACAACGGGACAGAUGGUGCGCUGUCCUACGCCAUCGCGUCUGGAAACGCUGACGGAAACUUUGCUAUAGACGCAUCAUCAGGAGAAAUACAGGUCGCCACCAUAUUGGACAGAGAAACAAUUACGUCAUACAUCCUGGUCCUCACCGCACAAGAUGGCGGCUCGUCACCCGGACCAAAAACUGGCACCACGACCGUAUCGGUUACCAUAACCGAUGUCAACGACCACGAACCAGUCUGUUCUCCAUCUUUCUAUGCCGUGUCUAUUUCUGAAGGUGCGGCAGUGGGAUCCACCGUUGCCACGGUAACGUGUACUGAUGAUGACGAUGGUGACAAUGCAGUUGUCGCUUACGCAAUCACAUCCGGGAACUCCAAUGACAGCUUCGAUAUAAACAGUACUUCCGGUGACGUAACUGUAAACAACAGUUUAGAUUUAGAAGACGUUCGCGCCUUCACGUUGGUUGUGGAAGCCACGGAUUCAGGGUUAACAGAAGGUCAACUCACCGGAACGGCGACUGUUCACGUCACGCUGACGAAUGUGAACGAGUUCGCUCCGAACUUUACCGAAGUGUCGUACUCGUUUCUCGUGAGCGAAAACACCACGGUCGGUACGUCCGUCGGACAAGUGUCGGCCACUGACGGAGAUGUGAACGAGGUCGGAGAUGUGACGUUUUCUAUUGUGUCCGGAAACGAUGGUGACGUUUUCGGAAUUGAUUUUUUAACGGGCGUCAUUUCAACAGCUACGGUUUUAGACAGGGAGAUCGCAAACUCAUACGCUCUUGAAGUACAAGCAAGAGAUGGCGGAGAUUCUUUAAGAACUUAUCAAACAUCUACCACUACCGUUGAUAUUACAGUAGAAGAUGUCAACGACAACAAUCCUAUGUUUGACCCCUCUGUAAUCUACACAACUGUUUCCGAAUCCACUGGGAUUGGAGCGUCGAUAGCCCAACUCAACUGCACCGACUCCGACGAUGGAGUGAAUCAAGAGCUCACAUACGUCAUAUCCGCCGGAAAUGACGUCGGGUUGUUCAGCGUGUCGUCCGACGGUUUGGUUUCCCUUGCCUACGGGUUAGACUACGAGACGUCCACGGCUCACGCCCUGACGGUGGUAGCGACUGACGGUGGGACGUCGCCGCAGCUGAGCGGCACUGCGACGGUGUACGUCCAAGUGACGUCAGUGAACGAGCACGAUCCAGUGUUCGACGCCACGUCACCGGCAAACGCGUCUGUCGAUGAAGGCUCUCCAGUUGGUACAACUGUCGCCAUCGUAUCAGCAACGGACGCCGACGUCGGUGCCGACGGUGUACUGACAUACACAAUCAUCGGCACGAAUCCAGACAGUUUCGCCGAACAUUUUGCCAUCGACUCCAGCAUUGGUGUCAUCCAGAUUGCCUCACCAAUAGACUACGACGCGAUGGGAUCUGACAAGGUGGUGACUCUGACAGUACGGGCGGCGGAUGGAGCAUCGGAUGCCAACCAGCGCACCGCCAACACCACGGUGGACGUCACCGUCAACGACGUGAACGACAACGCGCCUACGUGCGUGGAGAGACUGGUCAGUGUCGUCAUGGACGAGGACGCAGCCAAUGGGACAGUGGUUGCCUCCCUGAACUGUAGCGACGUGGAUACAGCAACGGUACUGUCUUACAACGUCACUUCCGGUGACUCGGGCUCAUUCCAAGUCAGCUCGUCGGGGGAAGUGUUCCUAACUUCCGGCAAUACCAUAGAUUACGAGGGCAGUACCAGCACGUACAUCCUAACGAUUGACGUGAGUGACGGCGAACAUUCCACCAACGUCGCCGUCACCGUCGACGUGCAGCCCGUCAACGAACACGGCCCAGUGUUUACGUCGGAGUCGUACAACGUCAGUGUACAGGAGAACGUCACGACGGGGACGUUACUUCUGCAGGUGGCAGCUAGUGAUAAUGAUAGCGGGACAGACGGUGAAGUGACCUUCUCCAUCGUGGCUGGAAACGAAGACGACAAAUUUGCCCUAGACGCGUCGACCGGUGCCUUGCAAACCGUCGCACCACUGGACAGAGAAACAACCUCCUCCUACACACUCACCCUUGUCGCCCAAGAUGGCGGCGUCUCUCUGACAAGAAGCGCAACUACGACAGUUUUUGUUACGGUUUCCGACGUCAAUGACGUCACGCCCGUCUGCUCCCCGUCGUUCUAUGCUGUGACCAUAUCCGAGGGUGCUGACGUCACUUCUCCUGUUACCAUGGUAACGUGUUCUGACGAUGACGUCGGUGAAAACUCAGAGUUGAACUUCAGCAUAACCGCCGGAAACUCCAACGACACUUUCGCAAUCAAUGACACAUCUGGAGAAAUUACCAUCGCGAAGGACUUAGACCUAGAAGUCACAAGCUUUUACUCAUUGGGAGUACAGGUCAGUGAUUCUGGCGCGCUAAGCCUCACGGGAACGGCGACGGUUUACGUCACCGUCACGAACGUCAACGACUUUGUUCCGGCGUUCAGUGAAAGUUCUUACUCCUUCAACGUUAGUGAAAGUGAAUCAGUCGGUACAGAGGUAGGUCAAGUCGUAGCGAGUGACGAGGACACAGACGAAGAAGGUGUUGUGACGUAUUCGAUUGCGUCAGGCAAUGAUGGUUUAGCGUUUGGCAUAGACCCCGUGUCUGGGGUCCUUUCCGUGGCAAAGAAAUUAGACAGAGAAACUAUUGCUUCCUACAGUCUUGAAGUGUUAGCCAUCGACGGAGGGGACUCUUUCGGGACGUAUCGAAAUUCAACCGUAAGGGUCAACAUCACAGUCAUCGACGAAAACGACAACCCGCCAACUUUUGACUCAUUAGUGAUGUACACUUCCGUUCUGGAGUCUGCACCGGAAGGGACGUCACUUCUUCAGCUCAACUGUACCGACGCAGAUGCAGACGCCAACGGGGAGAUCUCAUUCGUCAUUUCAGCCGGAAAUGACGAAGGUGUUUUUAACAUCUCUUCAGACGGUACAAUCUUGCUGGGAAGGGAGGCGGACUUUGAGACGACGACGACAUACAGUUUGACGGUUGUGGCGAUGGACGGUACAGAUCCUGGUCCUCUCUCGGCGCAUUUCAGCAUCGACCCAAUAAGCGGAGAAAUCCAGCUGGUUUCACAGGUGAACUACGACACCAUGGGCGAUUCGAAGGUGGUGACGGUGACCGUUCAAGCCGUGGACGGAGGGUCCGGGGCUGACCAGAGAAGCGCGUCUACGACGGUCAAUGUUACUGUCAACGACGUCAACGACAACAGUCCUCUGUGUGCGGAGAAUCUGUUGGUCGUGCAAGUCGACGAGGAUGCGAAUAACGGAACUACGGUGGCGACUCUAAACUGCUCUGACGUCGACUCAGGAACGAGCUUGUCGUACAACAUCACUUCCGGAAACUUCGGGCCGUCGUUUGAAGUCACCGAUGACGGAGCGAUAGUUGUUUCAUCAGGACACUCCUUGGACUACGAGUCUACCAACAAGACGUACUACUUGACCGUCGAAGUCAGCGAUGGCGACCACAAAGAGGACGUCACUAUUGACAUCGUCGUUCAGCCCGUGAACGAGGACACGCCGUCGUUCACAUCUGACUCAUACAACGUCAGUGUGGCCGAGAACGCUACCCUGGGGUACACCCUACUGCAGGAGACUGCCACUGAUACGGACGAGGGAGUGGAUGGAGUGAUGUCCUACUCUAUCGCAUCGGGUAACGACGCAGGCAAGUUCGCUGUGGAUAGAACAUCGGGUACUCUGCGGACUGUUGGAAACUUUGACAGAGAGAACAAUCCAGACUACACGCUUGUUCUCUUGGCAACGGAUUGGGGACAAAACCCUGGUCGUCUAACAGGAUCAUCGACGGUCUACAUCACCGUCACUGACGUUAACGACAACGCCCCCGUCUGUUCACCGGCUCUCUUGGCUGUGUCGGUCGCCGAGGGGGCGGCGGUAGGUUCUUCGGUCGUCAGCGUGAGCUGCACCGAUCAGGACGAAGGAAUCAACGCGGCGCUUUCACACACCAUCGUCGCGGGAAACACGAACGAUUCCUUUGCCGUGAACAGUUCAACGGGUAGUAUAAGACUGGCGUCUUCACUAGAUUUAGAAGUGACGCCUACAUUUGUCCUAGAGCUGAUAGUCACGGAUGGAGGUGGCCCGAUGCUGACUGGCAGUGUUACAGUUCACGUAAAACUCACGGAUGACAACGAAUUUGCACCCGCCUUCACAGACGCUUUCUUUGCCUUCAACGUCUCAGAAGAUGCCACCAUUGGAACAACAAUCGGCCAAGUAUCGGCCACAGACGAGGAUCUCUACGAGGAAAGCAUCUCGUAUGUCAUCAUCAGCGGGGACGAUGAUAACACAUUUCGUAUGGACUCAAACACGGGAACUCUUAGUCUCCAGGAAAAUAUAGAUCGGGAAUCUACUGACAGCCUUUCUCUAGUUGUUAUGGCAACAGACAGCGAGGACAGCUCUGGCGCCCAACACAACGUAACAACAUUAGUAAACAUCACUGUACUAGACGUGAAUGACAAUCCACCAGUGUUUGAUCCGCAUGUGUAUUACGUUUCUCUUUUGGAGUCCACGUCAAUCGGUGCAGCAGUCACACAACUCAAGUGUACCGACAACGACGAGGGGACAAACGCGGAUAUGACGUACUCCAUUUCCACCGGAAAUGACGCACUAAAAUUCAACGUGACGUCAGAUAAUGGUGAGAUCAUUCUGCAAGACUCUUUAGACUAUGAGACCAGCACGGAGUAUGUUCUGACGGCUACGGCAUCAGACGGUGGCACACCGUCUCUAACGGGGACCGCUACGGUGUAUGUACAGGUCGUCGCCGAAAAUGAACACACACCGGAAAUCAUCGUUCCCUCGGGAGGCUACGAUGUCGUCAUCUCCGAAGACCUUCCGAUUGGCACGUCGGUAAUUUCCGUGACUGCCGUGGAUUCCGAUUCGGGUCCCGACGGCACAGUCGUGUACAGCAUUGAAGAGGGAAACUCCGAGCAGAAAUUCGUAAUUGAAGAAAAUACCGGGGAGUUAUCAGUGGCUUUACCUCUUGAUAGAGAAUACACUGACUCCUAUACGUUGACCGUCAAAGCUAUGGACAGUCCAUCAAAUUCUUCUCAGGCGCUGAGCAAUUUUACAACGGUGAACAUCACCUUAGAAGAUGUAAACGACAACCACCCGAUCUUCACACCUUCCGUGUACACCACCUCUGUGUUGGAAGGUGCAGCGGUUGGUUCGCAGCUUCUCCAGUUGACGGCAACUGAUGCCGAUUUGGGAAACAACAGUGUUUUGGACUAUACCAUCACUGCAGGGGACACCAACGGCACGUUCAACCUAAGCGGCGAUAUUCUCGUCCUCGCGUCUGGUUUGGACCAUUCUGUAAGAAGCUACUUCUCGCUGACUGUGACGGCGACAGAUCGCGGUGUCCCUUCGCUGUCGUCAACGGCAAACGUCGUGGUUAACGUACUGGCAGAGAACAACUACUCACCGGUCUUCGACAACGGCACGAACACCGUGUGGGUGUCAGAAGACGCUGCCGUGGGGACGACGGUAUACAACGCCAACGCCACCGACGCUGACGUCGGGGACGGCGGUGAGCUGACGUACGUUGUAACAUCUGGAGAAGACGAAUACGGUAUAACGUUUGUUAUAGACUCUGCAGCUGGUGUUGUCACCCUUGGGUCUUAUCUAGACCGAGAGACGCUUGACGAGUACGUCCUUAACAUCACGGUUUACGACGGCGAAGCGAGCGACAGUGGCACCCUGACGGACUUCAUCGUCGUAACAGUCAUCGUCACAGACGUCAACGACAACAAACCGGCAUUUUCCCAGCCCGUAUACACCGUCUACGUCGACGAAAACAUACCGGUAGGUUCAAACAUAACGACCGUUGAGGCCACUGACCCCGACUUGAACGGAAAUGGGGAAGUGACGUACUCGAUUGUUUCCGGUGACGGUAUGGCAUACUUUGACAUAAACUCUACCACUGGGCUGAUCUCUACUAGUGCAGACGUGGACCGGGAAACCCUAGCUCUUAACAACCUCGUUGUACAAGCAACGGACAGUGGGACCCCAGCAAAGUCGUCCCUCUGCAGAGUUAAGGUUUACCUCAACGACCUAAACGACAACACGCCAUCUUUCGUUCCUUUGGAAUACGUGGUGAGUGUGUUGGAGAACGCGGCGGUGGGAACACUGGUGACUCCAGUACAGGCACUGGAUCCGGAUGAAUCGACGAAUGCGUUGCUGACAUUCGCCAUCUUGGAAGGCGACGACAACAAUGAGUUCGCCAUUGACUCUUCGACUGGAACGAUACGAACUGCCAGCACCUUGGAUAGGGAGUCGAUUGAAAGCUACACACUGACAAUCACAGCAACCGACGGCGGCACCCCUACGAACCUGACCGGCAGUGGUACCGUCCUGGUCACCAUUCUGGACGUCAACGACAACACGCCGGUCCUGACGCAGGCCAGCUACACCGCGUCGGUCAGUGAGGGCGUCACCGCCGGCACGUCGGUGGUUCAAGUCGUCGCCUCGGACGACGACGCUGACGAAAAUGCGGAGAUCACAUACAGUAUUACGUCUGCAAGCCAGCCUGGCCAUUUUGAAAUCGACGGUGCCUCGGGAGUUGUUCGUACAGCCCAAGCACUAGAUCGGGAGAACAUAGACUCUUACACCCUUACAGUCCAGGCGACAGACAAUGGCGUGCCUUCAUUCAACAAUGACACUACAGUUACCAUAACAAUUGAUGACGAAAACGACAACACCCCAGCGUUCGAUUCGAAUCUUUAUUCUUUCACGUUAGAAGAAAAUGUUGCCGGAGGCACGUCCGUUGGUGACGUCAGCGCCAGUGAUGACGACAUCAAUUCAAACGCCGACCUAUCGUUCUCAAUCGUCUCAGACGAUUCGCAGCACUUUGUGGUAAAUUCAAACACGGGGAGGAUAUCUACCAGCUCUACUGCCAACAUUGACCGGGAGACUAUUGCAGAAUACAGCAUCAUCUGCCGAGUGCAGGAUUCCGGGACGCCAUCUUUGUUCAGUGACGUCACAGUCCAGAUCACCGUCUCUGACGUCAACGACAACGCUCCUAUAUUCAACAACAACGACACUUUGACGGCUACUUUGGCAGAAAACGCCGAACCAGGAAACACCGUUAUAAAGGUCACGGCGACUGACCUUGACAAAGGCGCUAACGCUGACGUCAUCUACACAAUAUCGUCUGAUCUGGCUGACAACGGAGUGAAAGCGACGCGGUACUUCCGGAUCAGUGAAACCACCGGCGUGGUCACUUUUAGGGAAUCUGUAGACAGAGAGACUGAGCCGUUCAUUCAAUUCGUCGUCAUAGCAACGGAUGGUGGAUCGCCAAGUUUGUCGUCUGAAACUGACGUCAACAUCACCAUCGCGGAUGAGAACGACAACAAGCCGGUGUUAGCUCAGACGUUCUACAGUGUCGAACUCUCGACGGAUUACGAUUCGUCAGAGGCGAUAGUGACACUUACUGCGACUGACGCCGACGAAGGGACCAACGCUGAAAUAACUUUCAGUCUGACCGAAUCAUCGACGAACUUCAGGGUCGACUCUGUGUCAGGUGUCAUCACAAGACUGACGCUGUCGGCCGACACAAGAUACGUCAUCUACGUCAGCGCAAGUGACGCUGGGAUACCUCCUCUGACGUCAUCUCCAGUCGCCACCGUUCGCAUCGACACCUUUGACCCCGUCGCAACUCUCGUCGGCAUGGAGCUGACCAUGACCGUGGAGGAGUUUCUCGCGAGACGAAACGAGUUUUUGCAGGCACUGCAGACCUCGAUCCAACCGAGCUGUGCGUCAUGCACAGUUGGACUGUCCCACUAUGUUCAGAGGGAGGUGACCACCUCUUCAAGAAGACGUAGGGAAUUGCUCCAAUCGACAGCUUCGAACACGACUACUAACCACGUGACAGUGUACGUGUACGUGGAGACGUCUAACGCCACCACGGACUACAUCACCGGGCUGGAUGAAGACAAGGUGUUCCUGCCUGCCUCCAGGGCGCUGGAGAUGUUCCAGGCUGAUGACGGCGCGAUGCUUUCAGACUCCAGCCUGGCUGAUUUUGGCAUCACCACAGUGGCGGAGUACCCUCAGGAGGAGACCACAGUGCUGUGGAUACAGACGGUGCAGGGGAUCGUGGUGGUGUCUGUGGGGGCGGGGCUACUGGUCAUACUGUUCGCCGUCAUAUCCUGCUGCUGUGCCUUCAAGGGAAGGAAAAAGAGGAAACUUGAAGUCAACAAGAAAUCCGGAGUGAGAGAAGGAUGGGAGGGAGACAGACCAACCAGCUCAAGAAAGAAGAAAGGAGGACAUUCUCAAAUUCUUCCUAUCCAUACGGGCAUAUCAAGAGCCCCUCGAAGGCCGGCCGACAUAGCACCGACUAGACCGGCGUAUGGAGAGGCACCCAGACGAAACGGCCCGUCCGAGAAAACAUACGGAAGGAACGUGCAGGAAGAAGAGGCUCGCGAGUGGGAAGAGGGACCUAAACCCUACACCGCACCACGCCACGAGUCGGGUCGUCGGGACCAGGCGCACCCUCCCCCGUACGGCGCGGUGCCCCAACCCGCUAUCUCACAGCACAGCACAGGGGAGCCUCGGGAACCACGACUUGUGGAGCCUCUCAUUCCAAGGCAGGAAGAACUGCAGUACGAGACCAAAAACCAGCCGUUGCCCGCCCGGAGUUCUCUGAUGAGAGUAACGCCAAACAGACACUUCGACGGCAGGACCGUCGAUCCGAAAACAGGUAGGAUGUACGAGUACAACACGACGACGGGCGAGAGGAGAUGGCUGUCUAAAGAGGAGCAGAGAGAGAUCGAGAGACGAGCCGUCCAGCCGCCUGGUUAUGUGCCAUAGCAAAUUUGAUAUAUGUUCUUCAUACAUGUACAUACGAAUUGAUAUUUGUGACGUUUGUAUAGGGCUGUCUCUUAUACAUAUACAUAAGCUUGAUAAGGUCGUAUUGAUUUAAUUAUAUGGGUGACAUCCGAUUUAAAAACGUUUUCAACCAUUCUGUAAACCGUACGAACCAACUGCAAAAAAAAGAGCAAAUGUAUGUUGCAAAUUGAAAACGGAAACAAAUGUCAUAGAAUUCAAAGGUUGGAAGAAAAUGUAAAGAAUAAAAAAUUG